AUGUCGACCUUGGCGACUGCGACGACGGUGCCCACAGUCACAGGCGCCCCGACGGUGACCACGGCCGCCCCCUCCGCGAGCCCGACGUCCUCCGGGUUACCCGGCGACCCCGGCGAGGUGCUCAAGAACUGGUCCUCGCUCAUAGGCAUCGUCACUGCCAUUGUCGGCAACGUCCUCAUCGCCCUGGCCCUCAACGUCCAGCGCUAUGCACACACGAGACUGCACAAGGAGCGUGUCCGCGUCCGCCAACGGGCGCGAGCUGCUCUGAAGCGGGCGCAGAGCGGCAGCAGCAGCGCCGGCGCAAACGCGGGGACAUACGGCGCCAUUGGAGCCGACGGUGCUGGGCGGGGCAAUGGCCAUGCCUCUGCCGUCGUUGCACACCGAACCAACGGCGGCCAUGAUCCCGACGACGGCCACGGCGACCACGAGACGGACCCCCUCGCCGCCUCGUUCCAGUCGUCGUCCACCACCGAUGUCGAAAACGGCCCUGACCCCACCGCACAGGCUGCGUCGACGUACCUCAAGUCGCCAUACUGGUGGCUGGGCCAGAUCCUCAUCACCCUCGGCGAGACGGGCAACUUUCUCGCCUAUGGCUUUGCUCCGGCCUCCAUUGUGUCGCCUCUCGGCGUCGUCGCCCUCGUCUCCAACUGCAUCAUCGCUCCCGUCAUGUUCCAUGAGAGGUUCCGCGCCCGAGACUUUUGGGGCGUCGUCAUCGCCGUGGCCGGUGUCGUGACCGUCGUCCUGAGCGCCAACCAGGAGGAGACUAAGCUCGAGCCGCACGACGUGUGGGACGCAAUCACCACCAUGGAAUUCGAAAUUUACAUGGGCGUGACGGUUCUCCUCAUCUUGGUCCUCAUGUGGGCGAGCCCAAGGUACGGGAGACGCACAAUCUUGAUAGAUCUGGGGCUCGUGGGUCUCUUCGGGGGCUAUACUGCCUUGGCCACGAAGGGCGUCUCGUCCAUGCUUUCCUCUACCCUCUGGAGGGCCUUUGCCACCCCCGUCACCUACGUGCUUGUCCUCAUUCUUCUCGGGACUGCCAUCAUGCAAAUUCGCUACGUCAACAAGGCGCUCCAGCGCUUCGAUUCGACCCAGGUCAUUCCCAUCCAGUUCGUGCUCUUCACUCUCUGUGUCAUCCUGGGAAGCGCCAUCCUGUACCGGGAUUUCGAAAAGACGACGCUCGAGCAGGCGGCCAAGUUUGUUGGCGGAUGCUUGCUCACCUUCUUUGGCGUGUUUCUCAUCACUAGCGGGAGGAAGCCGCAAGACGAUGACGAAGACGUCCUUUCGGAGGCGGAGGGCGUCGAGGAGACCAUCGGCUUGAGGCAACACGACGUUAACGGAGGUGGCACGGCACGCGACAUUCCACCUCCAAAGUCGCAGUCGCGCAGGUCGAGCAAGCUUUCGCGGGUCAGCUUCGCUGAAACGAUCAAGCCAAAGUCUCCUCCUCCUGCUAGCGAACCCGGCAUUGUAAGGGUCACGAGCUCAGCUGCUGCGAGCGCCCCGGACCUGCUCGUCGACGUGACCUCACCGUUGGUCGAGAAUCCGUGGCAAUCAUCCUGGGACUCCUCAGCUUCGUCGCCUGGCGGUAACAAGGUGUUCCCCGCGGAACCCGCGGCCACGCCCUCCGUCAUUGCCUCUACGCCGACGCAAUCGUUCCCAAGCACGCCGCAGAGGGAGCCCGCCGCGCCCCCGUCCUUCCCUACGGACCGUCCAGUGACGCCGCGGCCCAGCUCUGCGCUCGGCCGGGCCGCCAGCCACCACCGCUCCAAGACGUUUAUAUCGCCGUCUCCGCUCUCGUCGACGGUGACGACCGUGGUCAAGGACGGCUUCCUGCGGGAGAAUGACAGCCACCAGGCGCAAAGGUCGUCGAUGCGUCGCAUCCGCUCCAGCAUCCGCGCCAGCCUGUUCUUCAACGAGGACGACGAGGAUGGUCAAGGCAACUCGCUAGGCCAGUCGGCAAUCCCCGCCCCGGACGAUCACCUGCAUGCCGCGCUGCACAGACAGGAGAGCGCCGGAUCCCACGGCGAGGUGGAGGACGACCCGGGGAGGAGAAGAUCGCGGAGCGUCAGCGACGCCCUCGGCGACUUCUUCCGCGCCAGGAAGAAGAACAAGAAGGAGGAGGGCGACGCUCCAGCUGCAGGUGAUACUCCCGACGCGGACACCACUACCAGCACCAGCGGACCAUCAUGA